UCAAAUAAGGACAACAAUAAAUCAUUUGCAUUUAAAAGACAAGGUGCCUUAUAAUGGCGAAACUAUAUUUAUUUAUCGGAGUGCUUAUAGCAAUCGGUGGCGCUUUUGCCAAUGUUGAUGAUGGUGACGUCGUUGAUACCGAGGAUAUAAAUCCUCUUGGAGUUUUGGAAGAAGCCCAUGAUAAGGAACGCGAUGAACGUGGUAUAUUUGAUAUGUUCAAAAAGGAAAAACCUGCAGCAGCAUCACCCCCUGUCAACACGGGCUACGGCUAUAAGACUUCUUACAGCAGUUCAUAUGGUGGUAGCACUGGUGGCAGUGGUGGUGGUGUCGGUGGCAGUUAUGGCAUCAGUGGACUCUUACCAGAACUUUCAUUGAGCCUUGGUGGCGGCAGUAGUGGUAAAACUGGCUAUAGUAGUAGCUCCAGUUAUGGAAGUAAUACCGGAUAUGGAGGCAAUACUGGUUACGGGUUUAAAACUCACCAACAUGGUUAUAAUCCUCAUUAUGGCAGUAGUCAGCAACGCUACAAUUACGGGCAUUACACACAUGGAAGCAAUCCAAGCAACAUGUAUCAACAUGGCCAUGUAAAUACCGGAGCUUUCCUCAAUGCUGAACGUAUACUCCAAUUGCCGAAAUAUGGUAGAUGCUCGGCCUCGCCAUUGCCCCCGAACGUGGUGCAUAAAUGUCGCAACGAUCAGUGUGAAAUAUCAUGUCCACCAUACUAUAGUUUCCCCAAUGGCAAAACUAAUUUGAAAAUGGUGUGCAUUGGCGAUUCGUGGAUUAUUCGUGAUUCGGAAUAUGUUGAGGUACCGCCGUGUCAGGCAACAUGCAAUCCACCAUGUCUAAACAAUGGCAUCUGCAUUGAGGCGGGCAUUUGCAAGUGUCCGGAGAAUUUUUCGGGUCCAUUGUGCCAGCACAAGAAAUCGGUGUGUGCUGCUAAGGUCCCAGUGCCAAAGAACUCCAAAGUUAGCUGCAUGAAUGGUAUUUGCAAUGCUGAGUGUUUCCGCGGUUUCCAAUUUCCCGACGGCAGUUCCAUUACCAAUAUUGAAUGCAUCAAUGAUCAGUGGAUUCACAAGAAGACGGGUUUGACCAAACCACCAGAUUGUGGACCUAUUUGUGAUCCUCCCUGCUCGAAUGGUGGCCGUUGCAUUUCCUUCAAUGUCUGCCAGUGUGCCAAGAACUAUCGCGGUGACCAUUGCCAGUUUAGCAUCAGUUCCUGCAAUGUAACCAAAACCAAUUUCAAUGGAAACUACAAAUGUUCUUAUGACAAUGAGUUGGCCAAGUGUACGUUUAUGUGUCCCGAAGUACCUGGGCUCAAAGUCGAGGGUGGUAGUUUGAAUGUCGAAUAUAAAUGUAAAUAUGAUGUGGGCAAAUUCUAUCCUACGCCCCUGCCCAAGUGUGUAUACCCAUCGGGAUAUACUAUUCAUGCCGGUUCCAAGUCUUCGCAUUAUACGCAACAACAGUCGUAUAAUGGAGCUGGCAGCAGCGCUGGCGGCAGCUACGGAUAUCAAUAUAUGACUGAAAGGGAAAAGAUUUUGGCAAUUGUUGCCAAAUAUAAGGAAUAUGAUACAAGAAGUGAAUGGUGGUCUUCAGAAGAGGCCAAUGUUAUUCCAAGCAGUUACUCCCUUUAUGAAAGCGGUGAUAUCAAUGUCAUGAUAGAUCGUACACCCAAGGCAGCAUUCUGUACAACCUGGGGUGGCAUUAACAUGAAGACAUUUGAUGGUUUGGUGUUCAAGGCCCCAUUAUCCUGCUCACAUACGCUUAUUAAUGACAAGCAGGAUGCCACCUUUGACAUUACGCUCAAGGGAUGUCCUUAUGGCUCCGGAUAUGGCUGCUCACACAUUCUCGUUGUAUAUUGGCAGUCGAUUUUGUAUACCUUUAAGAAUUUGAAUGGCACCGUGGUCCUGGAAACUCCCACAAAACGUCUACCCAUACCAGUACAAGUUAUGGGCAUGAAAGUUGUACCAGUGGCUCAACAUUUACAAAUUGAUUUGGAAUCGAUUGGUUUGAAAAUCGAUUGGGAUCGUCAUCAAUAUGUGGGUGUCCAUGCCAGCCCUGCCUUGUGGGGUCGUGUCGGUGGUUUGUGUGGUUCUCUGGAUGGUGACUAUAAGAAUGAUCUAAUGACCAAGACGGGCAAAAUUGUGGCCACUGUAAAAUCAUUUACCGAUUCAUGGCGUGUCGAAGACAACUCGGAAUUGUGUACCAUGGAAAAUAGUGCCGAAGUGGAAUUUGAUUCGAAAAAUUGUGAUCCCAGUAAACGCAAGAAGGCCAUCGAAGUUUGCGAACGUUUGUUGACUAACGAAAAAUUGGGUGAAUGUAUAAAGGCUUUCAAUUUUGAGGCGCUGAUGAGGACGUGUGUUGAUGACUACUGCAAUUGCCCGAAUCAAGCGCAUCCUGAAACAUGUAACUGUGAUGCCUUGUCCAUGCUGGCCAAAGAAUGUACUUUCAAGGGUAUCAAAAUGGAACAUGGUUGGAGGAAUCUGGAAAUUUGUCCUAUCAGUUGCGCUUUCGGUCGUGUCUACCUUCCUUGUGGUCCGGAUGUCGAGCCCACUUGUGAAUCGGCUGUUACCCCAACCAAGGGUAAAUGUAAUGAAGGUUGCUUCUGUCCCGAGGGCACAGUACAGUACAAGGAUGCUUGUAUCACACCCGAAUUGUGUCCCUGCAAUAUGCGUGAUCGUGAAUUUAAACCCGAUACCACCAUUAAGAAACAAUGUAACACCUGCACCUGCAAGAGCGGCCAGUGGGAAUGUACGGAUAAAUUGUGUGGAGCUCGUUGUGGUGCCAUUGGUGAUCCUCAUUAUCAGACUUUCGAUGGCAAACGUUUCGAUUUCAUGGGUAAAUGUUCGUAUUAUUUGUUGAAAACAAUGAAUCUUUCGGUAGAGGCUGAGAAUGUUGCCUGUUCGGGCGCCAUUUCGGAAAAUUUGAAUUUUGCUGCUGCCGAAAAUCCUUCGUGCACGAAAUCGGUUACGGUACGUUAUGUGCUGAAGAAUGGUGUUCCCACGACCAUCAAAUUGGAUCAGGGUUUGGUGGCCACGGUCAAUGGCAAAGAACAAAUGAAAUAUCCCAAAGUUUUGGGCGACCGAGAGAUGUUGAUACGUAAAGUCAGUUCGUCGUUUAUGACUGUGGAAUUCCCCGAUGGCAUACGCAUAUGGUGGGAUGGUGUUUCCAGGGUUUACAUUGAUGCCCCACCCACGUAUAGAGAUAAGACAGCUGGUCUUUGUGGUACCUUCAACUCGAAUACCCAGGAUGAUUUCCUAACACCGGAGGGUGAUAUUGAAACGGCCGUUGAGGCAUUUGCCGAUAAAUGGCGUACCAAGGAUACUUGCGAUUAUUUGGGUGAUACUGCCAUCAGUCCCCAUCCCUGUACGGCCCAUCCUAAUAAGCGUGAAGAGGCUGAGAAAUAUUGUGCCUGGAUUAUGGAUGAUAUCUUCCAGGAUUGCCAUUGGACCGUGGAUACUGAAAAGUAUUAUGAAGACUGCUUGUAUGAUGUAUGUGCUUGCAAAGAGGAUCCUGCCAAAUGCUUCUGCCCCAUCUUAUCGGCCUAUGGUGCCGAAUGCAUGCGUCAAGGUAUUAAGACCGGCUGGAGAAUGACUGUCAAGGAGUGUGCCGUCAAAUGUCCUUUGGGACAAAUCUACGAAGAAUGUGGCGACAGCUGCGCUCUAACCUGCGAAGAUUUGGAAACGAAAGAUACCUGUACCAAGGAAUGUGUGGAGGGUUGUCGCUGUCCCCACGGCGAAUAUCUCAACGAUGAAAAUGAAUGUGUGCCCCAAAGUAAAUGUCACUGUGCCUACGAUGGCAUGACCUUCCGCCCCGGCUACAAAGAGGUGCGUCCAGGUUCCAAAUUUAUGGAUUUGUGUACUUGUGUGAAUGGCCUGUGGGAAUGUGAAGAGGCCGAACCGGAUGAUGAAAAGAAAUAUCCCCCCUCCUCUGAGUUGCGGGCCGAAUGUGCCAGCCGCCCCUAUGCUGAAUUCACCAAAUGUGUGGCCAAGGAACCCAAGACCUGCAAGAACAUGCACGAAUACAAACCCGAUUUGGAUGAAUGCGUGCCCGGCUGCCAGUGCAUGGAGGGUUAUGUGUAUGACACCGCUUUGAAAAUGUGCGUCUUACCCGAAAAAUGCUCUUGUCAUCAUGGUGGCAAAAGUUAUGGUGACGGCGAACAAAUGAAAGAAGAUUGCAAUACAUGUGUGUGUCAAGCUGGUAAUUGGAAGUGUUCAUCGAAUGGCUGUGAAUCCACAUGUUCGGUAUGGGGUGAUUCGCAUUUCACUACAUUUGAUCAGCAUGACUUUGAUUUCCAAGGAGCCUGUGAUUAUGUCCUUUCCAAGGGUAUGGCCAGCAACGGGGAUGGCUUUACCAUAACCAUUCAAAAUGUGUUGUGCGGCACAAUGGGUGUUACCUGUUCGAAAUCGGUGGAAAUUGCUCUAACUGGUAGUGUUCAAGAUACUUUGAUUCUAUCCAGUGAUGCUUCGUAUUUGGACAUACCAAAUAAGUCGACAAUAAACAAAAUCCGCGAUACCAUCAAUGCCAAAGCCCACGGUGCCUUCAAUGUCUACAAGGCCGGUGUCUUUGUUGUGGUCGAAGUUCUACCUCUACACUUGCAAAUUAAAUGGGACGAAGGAACUCGCGUCUAUGUGAAAUUGGGCAACGAAUGGAAGAACAAAGUUAGCGGCUUGUGCGGCAAUUACAAUGACAAUGCCAUGGAUGAUAUGCAAACACCAUCGCAGGCCUUGGAGACAAGUCCUUUGACUUUUGGCCAUUCGUGGAAGGUGCAGCAGUACUGUGCAAUGCCCACCAUACCAAUUGAUGCCUGCAAACAGCAUCCAGAGCGUGAGACAUGGGCUCAACUUAAAUGUGGUAUCCUGAAAUCGGAUCAUUUUAAGGAGUGCCAUGGUGAAGUGCCUGUUGAAAAAUACUUGAAACGUUGCAUAUUCGAUACCUGUGCCUGUGAUCAAGGUGGCGAUUGCGAAUGUCUUUGUACGGCAGUGGCAGCCUAUGCUCAUGCCUGUUCGCAAAAGGGCAUACAAAUUAGAUGGCGUACACCUCACUUCUGUCCAAUGCAAUGUGAUCCCCACUGUUCCGAAUACAAAUCAUGCACCCCGGCAUGUCCCGUGGAGACCUGUGACAACUUCUUGAUGCAAGGCGGCGAACAUAUGUGUAAGAAAGAAAAUUGUAUGGAAGGUUGCCAGAUCAAGCCGUGCGAAGAGGGUUUAAUCUAUCUCAACGAUACCUAUCGGGAGUGUGUACCAAAAUCUGAAUGUAAACCGGUUUGUAUGAUCAAGGAUGGCAAAACGUUCUAUGAGGGUGAUAUCACCUACCAAGAUGACUGUUCGACAUGUCGCUGUUCGAAGAAAAAGGAAAUUUGCAGUGGUGUUAAAUGUGUUGAGGAUGUUAUUACCAAAAGUCCGAUCAUUGUCGAGGGAACUACAACUCGACCGCUGCAAACUGAAACGCAACCCAAAUGUGUUAAGGGUUGGACCAGAUGGUUCGAUGAUGAUCCAUAUCCUUCGAACAAUGUCAUCCGUUUGGACGAUAGUGAAAAAUUGCCACGUUAUGAUCGCCUCGAAAGCAUUUAUGGUACUUGCAAAAAGGAAUUCAUGACCAAGAUUGAAUGUCGGGUGGUGGGUACCCAUGAGUCGUCAGAUUUUAUGGAUGAAAACGUGUUCUGUAAUCUACAAAAUGGUCUAAAUUGUGUGGGUAAUUGUCAUGACUAUGAGAUUCGAGUGUUCUGUGAAUGCGAUGCUGAGCCGACUACAACUCCUAAGCCCACUGAGAAACCAGAAAUUGGUUUGGCCUGUGAUAGUGUCAUUGCUGAGUAUAAGGAAUAUCCGGGUGAUUGUCACAAAUUCUUGCAUUGCCAACCGAAAACCGACGGCAGCUGGCAUUAUGUGGAGAAGACCUGUGGCGAAUCGAUGAUGUUUAAUCCCAUCAUGAAUAUUUGUGAUCACAUUAGCGCUGUGCAGGAUUUGAAACCCACAUGUGGCAGUAGCGAGAAGGAUCGUCUAGUACCGAUCUUGCAAUGUCCUCCAGGUCAAGUUUGGUCGGAGUGUGCCAAUCAAUGUGAGCGCACAUGUCACUACUACGGAAUGGUCCUGAUUAAACGCGGCCUAUGCAAAGAGGGUGAACUCUGCAAACCCGGUUGUGUACCUGCAACACGCCCAGAAUGUUCGGCCGGUAAAUACUGGCGUGAUGAGAAUACCUGUGUUGAAGCCGAUGCCUGCCCUUGCAUGGAUAAGACGGAGAAAUAUGUCCAACCCCACAUGCCAUUUGUGGGAGAAUGGGAAAUUUGCCAGUGUUUGGAUAAUGCCUACUCAUGCUUGCCGAAUAAGAUUGAGGAAGUCGUGACCGAACCACCACCACAACCAGAGCCAGAAGUUGAGGUUGUAACUCUGUUCCCGGUUACAGUUUCACCACCCAAGAAAUGUAAUCCAGAAUUAAUGGUCCCCGUAAUUGAAACUGACGAACCCUUGCCUGAUUCCGUUUUCAAGGCCAACUCCUCAUUGGGUCCCAAAUAUGCCCCCGAAAUGGCACGUUUAUCAGAUAGCCCCACCGAUAAGUCGGGUGCUUGGUCUCCCAUGAUCAAUGAUCAAAAUCAAUAUUUGGAAAUUGUUCUACCUCAUCCAGAGCCAUUGUAUGGUGUUAUUAUGGCCGGUAGCCCUGAUUUUGAUAAUUAUGUUACACUGUUUAAGAUCUUCUACAGUCACGAUGGGGAAGCAUAUCAUGCCUUGAACGAUGAAACCGAUAAACCUCAAUUGUUCAAUGGACCACAAAAUGCUCGUACCCCAGCCAAGACCCUCUUCAAAAUACCCAUUGAGGCUAAAUCCGUGAAAAUCUAUCCUCUAAAAUGGCAUAACUCGAUUGCUAUGCGUGUUGAGUUGUUGGGCUGUAGCCACACCGAAGUCACCACUGUGCCGCCAAAGACCACUCCCAUCACUGAACAUCCCAUUCAUUUGGAAGAUGAAUUGGAAUGUACCGAUAAGAUGGGUGUUGAAAACAAUGAAAUGAGUCCACGUCAAGUAAAGGCCAGCACCGUUUGGAGUCUACCCAAACCGGCUAAGAAACCAAAACUUUUGGAUUUGCUGAAACUAUCAUCACCUGUGGGCUGGAGACCCGCCUUGAAUACACCUAAUGAAUAUAUUGAAUUUGAUUUCUUGGAACCACGCAACAUUUCCGGUUUCACCACCAAAGGUGGUCCAGAUGGUUGGGUCACCGGCUACAAGGUUAUGUUCUCGAAGAAUAAACUCAUAUGGAACAAGGUUUUGGAUGUUGAUGGCCAGCCACGUAUAUUCCCCGGUAAUCAUGACAAGGAUACGGAACAGACGAAUUACUUUAAGACACCGAUAUUGACACAGUACAUUAAGCUGGUGCCAGCCAAAUAUGAGCAGAACAUCAAUAUGCGUAUUGAGCCAUUGGGUUGUUUCGAGAAAUAUCCCAUUGUCAGUGAGAAUAUUGUGGAAGUUGAGAAACCCAAACCGAGCAAGUGUUUGGUGUGUGAAGGCAUUGUUGAUUCCUCCACCACAGAUGGAAAUUGCAAGUGCAAGGAUAAUUUGUUCUGGGAUGGCAACAAGUGUGUGCCCAGCAAUUUGUGUCCCUGUGUGGAGAACUAUAUACCGUAUCCCAUUGGUUCCACCUUUGAGAAUAAACUCUGCGAGCAAUGUACUUGUGUGCUGGGUGGCCAUAGCAGCUGUAAACCCAAGAAAUGUCCACCAUGCAAGGAACCCGAUCAACGUCCCAUUGUUGGAACUGGUUGCUAUUGCAAGUGUGAACCUUGUCCCAAACAUCAGAAGUUAUGUCCUUCUAGCGGUGAUUGUAUUGCUGAGGCCUUGUGGUGUAAUGGUAUUAAGGAUUGUGCUGAUGAUGAAGAUGAGACUUGCUCCAACACCAUCUAUGUCAACAACAAACCUAAUGUUACUACCACAGAGACUGAAGUCAUAUCCUGCCCGGUGCCAGAAUGUCCACCCAAAAUGAUGAUGAAAAUCACCGAAAAGAAACAAAGGAAAAUGUCCAGCAUGUUCUCGUCAACAUUCACCAAAAAGGUCACCGUCAAUCGCGAUGAAGAUGGCAAGGUCACCAAGACAAAGGUUAUCACUUCUUCAGAAGAAUUCCUGGAUCGUCCUUCCAAUGAAUUGGAAAUUGUCAAGGAAGAAGAUUGUGCCGAAUUCACUUGUGUUCCCAUCAAGGAGGUUGUGGUUAAGAAAAAUGUUACAAAAUCUUGUUCAGCACCCGUGUGCCCCGAGAAAUAUGUUGUCGAAUUGGAUAUGUCGUCCACCAAGCCCGGCGAUUGUCCACCCUACACUUGUGUCCUCAAACCCAGCAAAGAUGACUUCUGCGAAAUCAGUGGAAAAAUGUUCAGAACCUUCGAUGGCACCGAAUUCAAUUAUGAGACAUGCAGUCAUAUUUUGGCCAGAGAUUUGCUGAAUUCAUCGUGGGUUAUAUCAGUCCACCUGGAAUGCACAGAUGCCACACGUAAGGUAUGCCGCAAAACCAUAACGAUUAAGGACAUGGUACGUGGUGCCACCCUCAUUGUAAUGCCACGUAAACGUUUGAAUUUCAACGGAUUCGAUUACUCUGUGGCUCAACUGAUCAACUCACCCAUUUGUAAGGCCUCCUUUGUUGUGUCGCAAGUUGGUGAUACCGUUAUGGUUGUCUCUCCGGAACGUGGCUUCUGGGUACGUUACGAUGAUAUUGGUUAUAUUCGCAUUGGCGUCUCGUCGAAAUUCAUCAAAACCGUCGAUGGUUUGUGUGGCUACUACGAUGGCAAUGCCAGCAAUGAUAAACGUACACCCGAUGGUACGCUAAUGACAAAUACGGCGAAAUUCGGUGACAGCUGGUUUGACAACAAAACACCCAAGGAUCAAUGUUAUCCCCAGACAUGUCCAUUGAAGAUGCGAACACAAGCACUGACAUUGUGUAAUUCCAUUAAGUUUGAUGAAUUCAUCAAUUGCAAGAAGUCCGUAAGCUACAAGCCUUUCGCCAGCAAGUGUGUGGAGACAACAUGUGAAUGUCUGCGUGUCCACAAUGGCGAUGUGAAGAAAUGUCGCUGCAAUCUAAUGGAGGAUUAUGUCAAACAGUGUCUGGCUGUCAAUCCAAAUGUAAAAUUGGAUACCUGGAGAGCUAAACAUCAAUGCGAAAUUGCCUGUCCCGCUCCAUUUGUCCACUCGGAUUGCUAUAAGAGACGUUGUGAACCAUCUUGUGAUACUUUGAACUCGGAUGACUGCCCUGUCAUAUCCGAUGUCUGUUUCGCCGGCUGUUACUGCCCAGAGGGUACGGUGCGCAAGGGCGAGACCUGUGUACCCAUCUCUGAGUGCAAGGAUUGUGUCUGCGAUACAAUUGGCUCGAAGAAGUAUUUCACCUAUGAUCGCAAAGAUUUCAAUUUCAAUGGCAAUUGUACUUAUUUGUUGUCCCGAGAUAUUGUCCUGCCCGGUGUCCAUACAUUCCAGGUCUAUGUAACCAUGGAUGACUGCCGUAAAUUGGGCAAACUGAAUGCUCCGGAACACUCGAGCUGUGCUAAAUCCUUGCACAUCCUUAACGGUGACCAUCUCAUACAUAUUCAACGCGACCCCAAGAAGCCAAAGAGCCUGCAAGUGAUUGUCGACGGAUUUAUGGUCAAGAAACUGCCUUACAAGGACACCUGGAUUAAUCUCAAGGAUAUACCCGGCAAGGAAUUGGUACUCAGUCUAACUGAGGCCCAAGUUGAACUGAAGGCUGCAUUCGAUGAUUUGAUAUUCUCCAUUGGCGUGCCAAGUGUUAAAUAUGGCAGCAAAAUGGAAGGUCUGUGCGGCGACUGUGAUGGCAAUCCCAACAAUGAUUUACAACCAAAUCCUGCCAAGAAGAAGCAGAAGGGAGGUAAAAAGAUUGGCAAGGAAUUGGUGGAUGUUAUCGACUCAUGGAAGGCAGAGGAACCCAAGCUGGGCCUGGAACCCGAUGAGUGUUUGAGUGAGACCCAUGUUGAGGAGGAAUGUCUGCCAUUGCCACCGGAGAAGGAUCCUUGCAUGUUGCUAUUCGAUGAGAACAUCUUUGGAAAAUGUAACAUGAUUGUCGACCCACUGCCCUACAUAUCGACCUGUCAACAGGAUUUGUGUAAACCGGGUAAUGAUCAAAAGGGCUCCUGCGAAUCCUUGGCUGCCUAUGCCAAGGAGUGUGCCAAACAAGGUAUCUGCCUGGACUGGCGUAGCCCCACAUUGUGUCCCUAUGAUUGCCCUGCCGACAUGCAUUACGAAUCCUGUGGCUGCACCAAGACUUGUGAUAGUCUAGAACGUCUUGAUGAAUUCCAAGCUGUCAAUAUCAACACCAAUACCAUGGUCAAUACAAUGGAUCCCGAGGAGUUGUGUUCUCCAAAUGAACGUUAUGAGGGUUGCUUCUGUCCACCACACAAGGUGAUGGAAAAUGGCAAGUGUAUAAGUGAGGAGAUGUGUGUCAAAUGUGAAGAUCCCGACCACAUGCCUGGCGAGAGAUGGCAAAAGGACAAAUGUACCGAAUGUUUGUGUGACAAGAAGGGUAAGACCCAGUGUAUGGAACGCAAGUGUUUGGUAGAGGAGAAUAUUUGUGCCGAAGGAUUUGUACAACAAAAGAUUGCCGAUUCGGAGGAUCAAUGUUGUCCACGCUUUACAUGUGUCCAAGAACCGAAGCAACCGCCUCGUGAAGACUGUUUGGCACCGCUAAUGCCCAUUUGUGGUCCUGGGCAAUUCAAGAAGAUUAAGACUGGACCUGAUGGUUGUCCUCAGUACAUUUGUGAAUGCAAACCCAAGGAAGAAUGUGAACCUCUAACGGAACCUGAAGCCCUCAAACCUGGUGAAAAACUGGUCAAGGAAGAAGCCGGCUGUUGUCCUACCCAGAAGAUUGUCUGCGACACCUCCAAGUGUCCCAAGAAACCUGAAUUCUGUGUGGAAGAAUUCUACGAAGUGUUUACAAAACAGGAACCCGGAGAUUGCUGUCCCAUCUACUAUUGUGCCCCACCGAAGGAUGAGUGCAUUGUUGAGGCUGGACCCAACCAGAAAUAUACCAAGAAAAUUGCCGACAUGUGGACAGAUCCCAAGGAUCCCUGCAAUAUUCUGCAGUGUACCUAUGGUCCACAUGACACCGCCAAGUUACUCACCACCCAAGUCAAGUGUGACACUAAGUGUGGUCCUGGCUUCGAGUACAAACGCAAAGAUUUGAACAAAUGCUGCGGUGAAUGUGUCCAAACGCAAUGUGUGUUGGAUGGCCAGUUGUACGAGCCCAAACAGGAAUGGAAAUCCGAUGACAAUUGCACCACUUUUGCCUGCAUUGAGAAGGGUGAGAGUCUAAUUGUGAGCUCGGUGCGGGAAACAUGUCCAGAUGUAAGCAACUGUCCGGCACAUUUGUUGGAGGAUCAAAAGGACAGCUGUUGCAAGAUUUGCAAGGAAGAGCCGAUACCGGAGAAUAUGAGUAAUUGUCUGCCAGUUUCCCUGGCUGAGUCUGAGACCCGUAACUUGGUCAAGGUCAAUGCCAUGGGCCAUGGUAUUUGCAUUAAUGAGAAACCCAUACAAGGUUUUACCGAAUGCAUGGGUUCCUGUAACUCUGGAUCUAAAUAUAACAGAGAAACCCUUCUCCAAGACAAGAUUUGCCACUGCUGUAACAUUAAAUCGUACAAAUCAAUUACGGUGGAGCUAACCUGUGAAGAUGGCACCAAGAUCUCGAAACAAUUGGAAAUACCCUCGGCUUGUGGUUGCCAACCAUGUUCAGAUUCCAGCGAAUAUCAAGUGGGCAAUGGCAUCGACAUACGUCUCCAACCAUUGCAAGUGGCUGAAUUGAUAAAAAUUAAGAAGAAGUAAUUCAACUUUCGUAUUUUUGACUCGGGCAUUAGUUUUAUAGGUACAAGCGAUCACUUAGUUUAGUCAUUGGAUAUUAUAUAGUUUUAAGGUAUUUUGUAAACAUUUUUAAUGAAUAAACAUUUUAAUAUUAAUGCAAAUUA